AUGGGCUCCAUCUAUAGAUCGGAGCACAUGAAAUUGUGCCAAAUUUUCUUCCAAUCUGAAUCCGCCUAUCAAUGUGUCGCCGAAUUGGGAGAAUUGGGUCUCGCCCAGUUCAUCGAUCUGAAUGAAGAAAUGAAUUCGUAUCAGAGGAAAUUUGUCAACGAAAUGAAGCGAUGCGAGGAAAUGGAGAGAAAAUUGAGAUUCCUUGAGGAAGAGAUCGAAGCUGAUGGUGUCCCGAUUCCCGAUUAUAACGAGCAUAUUCCGGCUCCACAACCGAAGCACAUGGUUGAAAUGGAAGCGAAUUUCGAGCGUCUUGAAGAGGAAUUCCUUCAAAUCAACAAAAACGCGAAGGCGUUGAAGAAAAACCACAUUGAGCUUCUCGAGAUGAAAGCCGUUCUUCAGCAUGUCACAUCUCUUUUGGACUCGAAUACUCGCCGCGAAGCUGCCAUGUCGAUUUCCGAAGCUGCUCGAGGUGAAGCCGGACCAUUUACCGUCGGCCUCAAAAACGAUUUCGAGAAAGAGCGACGCGAUGAGAAUGAGCUCAAAUUCGUCACCGGAGUUAUCAAGAACAACAAGAUCAUCGCUUUUGAGCGAUUUUUGUGGCGAAUGUGUCGAGCAAAGGUCUUCUCGAAAUUUGUCGCGAUCACCGAACAAACCGACGCCUUCUCGAACACCAUCGAAGACAAAUCGGUGUUCAUCUUGUUCUUCUCCGGAGAGCAAUUGCGCGCUCGCGUCAAGAGAAUCUGCGACGGAUUUCACGCGAAGCCCUACAACUGUCCCGAAGAUCCGCACGAGAGGUCGAAGCUUCUCGCGCAGAUUCGUGCUCAGACCACCGAUAUGCACAGCGUCAUUCAGAAGACAAUUGAUUAUCGCUCGAAGAUUGUGAGCACCUCGUCGCAGAACCUUCGCAAAUGGGGAAUCAUGGUGUUGAAGUUGAAGAGCAUCUUCCACACUUUGAAUAUGUUCUCGGUCGACGUCACCCAAAAAUGUUUGAUCGCCGAAUGCUGGAUUCCUGAAGCCGACAUCGGCAUUGUCAAGCAGUGCCUUCAUCAGGGGACCGUCCAUAGCGGGUCAACGGUUGACGCAAUUCUGAACGAGAUGGAAACCGACAAAUAUCCGCCAACCUAUUUCAAGCUGAACAAAUUCACGCAAGGAUUCCAGAACAUUGUCGACGCCUACGGUAUUGCAAACUACCGCGAGGUCAAUCCAGCCCCAUGGACGAUCAUCUCUUUCCCAUUCUUGUUCGCUGUCAUGUUCGGAGAUGCUGGACACGGAAUCAUCAUGCUUCUCGCUGCCGCUGGACUCGUUCUAUUUGAGAACAAGCUCAUUUCGAUGAAAAUCAAAGAUGAGAUUUUCAACACAUUUUUCGGCGGUCGUUAUGUCAUUUUGCUGAUGGGAGCGUUCGCGAUCUACACUGGAUUUAUCUACAACGACUUCUACUCGAAAUCCGUCAACAUAUUCGGAUCAAGUUGGGUUAACCCAUACUCACAGAAUCUGCUCAAUGGAAUGGAUGAGCAAGGAGCCAAGUCGGGUGUCGAACUCGAUCUUACAUUCCCGCCAGAAAUCGCAUUCCUUCACGAUUACGGACCGUAUCCAUUCGGUUUGGACCCCGUCUGGAAUUUGGCCAAGAAUCGCCUCAACUUCUUGAAUCCCAUGAAAAUGAAGACAUCGAUCAUCCUCGGAAUCUCUCAAAUGGCGUUCGGAAUUCUUCUUUCUCUCAUGAAUCAUCUUGGCAAUCGUUCCGUCGUCGACAUCGUCUUCGUCUUCAUCCCUCAAUGCUUGUUCCUCGGCUGCAUUUUCGUCUACCUCUGCGUUCAGGUCGUCAUCAAAUGGCUCUUCUUCUGGGUCAAACCCGCGUUCAUCUUCGGCCAACUCUAUCCCGGCUCCAAUUGCGCUCCGUCACUUCUCAUCGGUCUCAUCAACAUGUUCAUGGUCAAAUCGAGAGAUCAAGGAUUCGUGACUGAUCUCUACAACGGAACCGGAUCAGUGAUAGUGAACGGCAAGAAUGUGACGUACAAUGUCAUCGAUCAAUGCUAUCUUCAACAAUGGUACCCAAGCCAGAGUCUCGUUGAGAUUAUUCUGUUGCUCAUCGCGGUCAUCUCAGUUCCAAUCAUGCUUCUCGUCAAGCCAUUCUACUAUCGUUGGCGUCAUUCACGCGGACUUCACGUCGAUCUUGGACACGGAAGCGAAGAGCACGGCGAAUUUGUUUUCGGCGACGUCAUGGUGCAUCAAGCGAUUCACACAAUUGAAUUCGUGCUCGGAUGUGUCUCGCACACUGCUUCGUACCUUCGUCUUUGGGCUCUUUCGCUUGCUCACGCCCAACUUUCCGACGUAUUAUGGACAAUGGUCCUCGACAUUGCCCUCAAAAUAGGCGGCUGGGGAGGUUCAGCUGGAGUCACCCUCAUCUUCUACCUUAUCUUCUCAAUCCUUUCGGUGUGCAUCCUUAUUCUCAUGGAGGGUCUUUCCGCCUUCCUUCACGCUAUUCGUCUUCACUGGGUCGAAUUCCAAUCGAAAUUCUAUGGUGGAACCGGAAUCCAAUUCGAGCCAUUCAGUUUCGUCAAAAUCAUUCGCGUCUACGAAGGACUUGACCAAUAA